CUCCGCGAGAACAUCGACUGAAGCUCCUCAGAUCAUCCUGUUCACGAUUCCCCGCGCCCAUCUACGGACCCUUCGAGCUUCCUAACGACGUUAGUUCUUUACUCCAAGUCUUACGCGAGUGCUGUGCGGCUUCUGAGUGAGGCUGCAACCCUCCAUCAUGGUUCAGAUCAGUGAAGUGAAGGGGAAUUCACGAGAGAACAGGACGGCAGCGCACACCCAUAUCAAGGGUCUUGGAUUGCGCCCUGAUGGCACUGCUGAGAACGCUGGUGAUGGAUUCGUGGGCCAGGCUGCCGCCAGAGAGGCAUGCGGCGUUGUAGUAGAUCUGAUCAAGGCGAAAAAGAUGGCGGGACGGGCAGUUCUGCUCGCCGGUGGCCCUGGUACCGGAAAGACAGCUCUUGCUCUAGCUGUGUCGCAAGAACUGGGAACGAAGGUCCCAUUCUGUCCGAUUGUCGGAAGCGAGAUCUACUCCGCGGAAGUGAAGAAGACUGAGGCGCUUAUGGAGAACUUCCGAAGAGCUAUUGGUCUACGAGUGCGCGAAACCAAGGAAGUUUACGAGGGUGAAGUCACAGAGCUCACCCCGGAAGAAGCAGAGAACCCGCUCGGUGGUUACGGAAGAACGAUCAGUCAUCUCAUCAUCGGCCUCAAGUCUGCGAAGGGAACGAAAAAGCUGCGUCUGGAUCCCAGCAUUUACGAGGCGAUCCAGAAGGAGAGAGUGACUGUUGGAGACGUUAUUUACAUCGAAGCCAACACUGGCGCUUGCAAGCGAGUCGGCCGAUCCGAUGCCUAUGCCACGGAAUUCGACCUUGAGGCGGAGGAGUACGUCCCUGUACCAAAGGGUGAGGUUCACAAGAAGAAGGAGAUCGUCCAGGACGUCACCCUCCACGACCUAGACAUGGCCAACGCUCGACCCCAAGGUGGCCAGGACGUCAUGAGCAUGAUGGGCCAGUUGAUGAAACCAAAGAAGACAGAGAUCACUGAGAAGCUUCGACAAGAGAUCAACAAGGUCGUGAACCGAUACAUUGACCAGGGUGUUGCAGAGCUGGUCCCCGGAGUUCUCUUCAUUGAUGAGGUUCACAUGCUCGAUAUUGAGUGCUUCACCUACCUUAACCGUGCCCUUGAGUCCUCUAUCUCUCCUAUCGUCAUUCUCGCCUCAAACCGUGGCAACACUGUCAUUCGCGGUACCGGCGACAUCACGGCCGCACACGGAAUUCCGCCAGACCUUCUUGCCCGCCUUCUCAUCAUCCCUACACACCCCUACAACCCAGAGGAGAUCAAGACCAUCGUGCGCCUGCGCGCCAAGACUGAAGGUCUGAACAUCACCGAACCGGCACUGGAGAAAGUUGCCGAACACGGCUCCAAGAUCAGUCUGCGGUACGCAUUGCAGCUUCUUACACCGGCUAGUAUUCUCGCCCGCGUCAACGGCCGACCUGGCGGUAUCGAAGAGGCGGACAUUGCGGAAUGCGAGGACCUGUUCAUCGACGCGAAGAGAAGCGCAGCAAUUGUCAGCCAGGACCAAGGAGGUUUCCUGUCAUAAAUGAACGAAACGGGGAGGAGACAAACAAACAAGGGAAAUCAAGUUCGGAGUUACGAGAGUCGUCGCAUCUAGUAUUUUUUUUCGAGAUUAUCACGAAGGGUGGAAUAAAAUCAGGAUGGUGUGAAGUAUUCAAUGACACACAAAGAAUACUUUGCCUUUUCCCUUGCUGGCUUUUCAUUACCUCCGUGCUUGUUUGCAGUAUUAAUGUAUCAGGGCCAGGAUUUAUGUAACAGUACUUUUGUCCUUCAAAGAAAAAAAGAAAUUAUCGAGUUUUUUCCUUACGC